AUGAAACCAUCAUCAUCAUCGUCAAUAAUAAUAGAUAAGAAAAAAUCAUCAACCAAAGGAGAGGAGACCAAUGGAUCAUUUGCCAUCCAACCAAGCAAGACUCCACAAUUGGACACUUCACAAUGGCCAUUAUUGUUAAAGAACUACGACCAAUUGUUGGUUCGUACUGGUCACUUUACUCCAAUCCCAACUGGACACUCACCACUCAAGCGUCCAAUUGCCGAAUACGUCAAGUACGGUAUCAUCAAUCUCGACAAACCAUCCAACCCAUCCUCUCACGAGGUUGUCUCUUGGAUCAAGAAGAUCCUCAAGGUCAACAAGACUGGUCACAGCGGUACCUUGGAUCCAAAGGUCACUGGAUGUCUCAUCGUCUGUAUUGAACGUGCCACCCGUCUCGUAAAGUCACAACAAGGUGCCGGUAAGGAGUACAUGGGUAUCGUCAGACUUCACAAUGCCAUUGAAGAUGUUUCUGAUUUACAAAGAGCUGUUGAAACAUUAACUGGAGCAUUAUUCCAACGUCCACCAGAAAAAUCAGCUGUCAAGAAGAGACUUAGAGUUCGUACCAUUCGUGAGAGUUCAUUGGUUGAAUAUGACAAGGAACGUAAUCUUGGUUUGAUUUGGGUUGAUUGUGAAGCCGGUACUUACAUCCGUACAUUGUGUGUACACAUUGGUUUGUUGAUGGGUGUUGGAGGACACAUGCAAGAGUUGCGUCGUGUUCGUUCAGGUAUCAUGUCUGAGAAGGUCGGUAUGGUCACCAUGCACGACGUCAAGGACGCUCAACACGAGUUUGAGAACCUCAAGGACGAGACAUACCUCCGUCGUGUCAUCCAGCCCCUCGAAGCCGUCCUCACCAACUACCCACGUAUCGUCGUCAAAGACAGCGCCAUCAACGCUAUCUGCUACGGUGCCAAGUUGAUGGUACCAGGUUUGUUGAGAUACGAAAAGGACAUUGAAGCCGGCGACGAAGUCGUCCUCAUCACCACCAAGGGUGAGGCCAUCGCCAUCGGUAUUGCCCAAAUGACCACCGCCACCAUGGCCACCUGCGACCACGGUGUCGUUGCCACCAUCAAGCGUGUCAUCAUGGACAGAGACGUCUACCCUGUCAAAUGGGGUCUCGGUCCAAACGCCAAGACCAAAAAGACCAUGAUCAAGGACGGCAAGCUCGACAAGUUUGGUCAACCCAACGAAGCCACCCCAUCCAACUGGUCCAACUCGUACGUCUACUACGACAAGCAAGAAACCAUCAAGGAGUCAAAGGGUCCAGAGCCAACCAAGGCCGCUGCCCCAGCUACCCCAGCUGCCGCCGAAGACAAGAUGGUCGAAUCAAGCGACAGUGAAAGUGAAGAGGAACAACCAAAGAAGAAGGAGGAGCCAAAGAAGGAAUCAAAGAAAUCCGAAGAAAAGGAAGACAAGAAGGAAUCAAAGAAAUCCGAUAAAAAGGAAAAGAAAUCUGAAGAAAAGGAAUCAUCAAAGAAGAAAUCAUCGUCGUCAAAGGACAAGGAAGAGAAAAAGGAAAAGGAGUCGUCAUCAAAGAAGAAAUCAUCUUCCAAGGACAAGGAAGACAAAAAGGAAAAGAAAGAAAAGAAGGAAAAGAAGGAAAAGAAACGUUCAGCUGAUGAUGAUGAACCAGUACCAAAAGAUAAAAAGAAAAAGAAAUCUGAAUAA